AUGGCAAGCUCUUCCAAGCGCAACAAGAGGAAGGCCUCAUCGCCCAUUGACACUGCUAGUCUUGUCGACGAGUUGAUUGAGCACCAUCCCAAGCGAGUUCGGUACUCGGCCAAGGCAAGCAGUACAAAGGCGACUCUCAAGGCUGCUCGACUCGAGACCAAUUCGGGAUUGAGAAGAAAGGGAAAGCAGGUCGCCAAGAGCUCUCAGUCAUUGAGAGCUAAGCCCAGUGCUUCUUCGGGCUCUGCUGAUCGGAAGAAGAAGGGUGCUAUCCGAGUGACGAGGAUGAGGUCUGCAGGCGAUAGUAUCAAUUCGCUGAAGCGACAAGGUCUCGUUGCUUCGAAGGAUCUUGAGGACGAGUACCUUGCAAUUGAGCCUGAUAUGGAUCGAGCUGCUGUCGACGACCUCCUGAAGGGUUUGUUUCCUCGGUACUUUGCCUGGCUGGCUAGCAUCGGCAAGGACCCUGACUCGCCACUUCACUGGAGGGUUGUUGCGAAGGACAGGCAGAAGCUUGAGGUCCUGGAAGACGACACCGACUGGCCUUCCUUCCCUGAUCUCUGCAAGGCUGUUCACGAUCGCAACUCGGGCUGGCAAGAACGAACCUGGUGUUUCGUCUCGGCAACACAGAUUCCAUCUGCUGUCGUCAAGUCUUGGGACAAAGGCAAGGGUAAAGCAGGUGCCAGCAGUGCUGAGGUUCGCAAGCAAGGUAUAGGGCUUGUUGGAGAUGACGAGGCUGUCGACGAUGAGUCAGAGGCUGUCGAAGAUGAGCCAGAGGCUGUCGAGGAUGAGUCGGAGGCUGUCGAAGGCGAGGAGGAGGCUGACGAAAGUGAGGAGGAGGCUAACGAAAGUGAGGAGGAGGCUGGUGAAGGCGAGGAGGAGGCUGGCGAGGGUGAGGAGGCCGAUGUUAUCAGCAUUUAUCAUCUAGCUUCGGCCAACACUGAGGCUGCUACUGAAUCUGCCCACGAGACCGAGGGCUCAGAGUGGGAAGACAAACCAUUGGCUCAGACAAAGUCCAAGAGAAAGCUUCGACGAGCUCUCAACACCAUUGAGAGAAGCUUCUCGAGCAUAAACUUGGGAAAGUCUAUUGAGCCCUCGGUUUCUGGUGGCUCUGGCACCACCUCAGGCCCAAGCCUUGUCGCUGCUGGAGGGUCCUCGUCCGGUGGCUCUGGUGCUGUUGCUGUUGCAGGCUCCUUGUCUGAUGGCUCUGGUACAGUCGCUGUUGAAGGCUCCCUGUCCGAUGGCUCCAGUACAGUUGCUGUCAGAGGCUCCCUGUCCGAUGGCCCUGGUGUGGCAGCUGCCCUUCCAGAGAUUGACUUUACCAACCCUCCUUUCGCACAAGCGAGUGGAUCAACAGCAGCCCCUGUGACUCGCUCUGCGACAAUGUCAGGCCUACCUCGGGUCCUGCUGUCCAAAGACACUAUUGCUGACGACCCUUGGGGAAUGCAUGUUGGAGCAUGUAAUCGUGGCAAGCUUGCGAGCUCGGUGCAGAUCGCAAUCUCGCUGCCAAGUACAAUGGCAUCUCUCGCUCAAGCUCAGGCUAAUUGCCAGACUACUGCUGAGAGAUGUUCAGUCAAGCUGAACACGACACUGGUGAUGACGAUGAUACGGUCCAAUCGGUUCUGGUUCCCCAAUGGAACACUGGUCAUUGGAGUUGGCCAAACACUGUACAACAUCAGGAAAAAAAAAUUCUGCAAAUUGCACACACCUGAAGUUAUGUAG